GGGGGAGGAGAUAGCGAGCGCGAGCGGCGUACGUUGAACCGAGCGAGGGACGGAGCGCUGGUGGAAAGGAGAAGAAAAAAAGUGACAUACGGAGGACUGCAUGGUGAAAAGGACUAGAGCCCACCUUUAACAAUAGCCUUAUACAGCGGAAUGUUUUCUCGAAGGAAUCAUGGAGAUGUCAAGAAAUCUACACAGAAAGUUCUGGACCCAAAGAAGGAUGUUCUGACCCGUCUCAAGCACCUACGGUCACUACUGGAGGUCAACACAGAGAAGAGUGAACUGAAGGCAUUCUUUGAAACCAACUGCUCACAGAUUUAUUUUAUCUUCUAUGAAAAUUUCAUUACACUGGAAAAUAACUUAAAGCAAAGAGGGAACAAAUCACAAAGGGAGGAGCUGGACUCCAUUCUCUUCAUUUUUGAGAAAAUUCUUCAACUUCUGCCAGAGAAAAUUAACAGUAGAUGGCAGUUUCACAGUAUAGGUUCUAAUUUGAAGAAGCUUUUGCACACUGGCAACUCUUUCAAGGUCCGAUGUGAAGGGAUCCGCCUCUUCCUGCUGUGGCUGCAGGCCUUACAGAAUAACUGCUCCGAAGAGCAGUACCUCAUCUUCGCCUGUCUGGUGCCAGGCUUCCCCGCCGUAUCCUCAUCACGUGGGCCCUGCACUCUGGACACCAUCAUCUACAACCCCUAUUCCAACCCACCUGAGGCCAAGGUUGUCCCUGAGGAGAUCACACCGCUGGUGCCAGCAGUAGCUGGAGAGAAGCUGGUCGAGGACCAGACCUGCUACAUCCUCCAGACGCUCCUCAAGUUCAUGGUCCUGCAGGCAUCAAGCUUGGAAUGGAAGAACAAGGAGAACCAAGACUCUGGAUUCAGGUUCCUCUUCAGCCUUUUCAGGAAGUACUACCUUCCACACCUGUUCCCGUCUUUCACGAAGUUCACCAACCUUUAUAAGCCUCUGCUAGAUCUCCCCCCCUUCAGACCGAAGCCCCUUUAUGUUCCCGUGACGCGCAACAAUGAGAGCACUUUCUGCACCCGGGACCAGUACCUGGCCCCCCGUGUGGCCUUUAUCACCUGGCUGGUCACCUUCUUCCUGGAGAAGAAGUACAUCAGCACAGCUGUGUCCAGCACUAAGAAUGGAGGGGAGGUCCUUCCCAAGUUCAUCCAGACUGUAACCGCGGGCGGUACCGGCCAGGAUAAAGAGAAGGAGAGGAUCCCGGAAUCAGAGUCCAACGGGCCGGCGGAGCAGGAGAAGAGCCACUCCAACAGCAGCACGCUGUCGGACCGGAGGCCCAGCAACUCCAGCCUGUGCAGCAUCGAGGAGGAGCACCGCAGCGUCUACGACAUGGUGUACUGCAUCCUGCUCUCCACCCGCGACAACGUCAACUUCGUCAAUGAAGUUUUUCACCAGGCUUUCCUGCUGCCCUCCUGUGAGGCUUCGGCAACCCGGAAGGUGAUAAAGGUGUACAGGAAAUGGAUCCUGCAGGAGAAGCCGGCUUUCAUGACUGAACCGGAGAAGGGCAGCCGGGACGAGGAGGGAGAGGAUGAACUGGAGCAGCUGGCUGCUGAGACAGAUGGCCCGCCGGAGCAGACUUUGGAGAGCCACGGGCACAAGCGUUCGUCCAGCUGGGGGCGCACUUCCUCCUUCAGUAACGCCAUCAGCCGAGGCUUUCUCACAGCGGAGGGGAACAGUGACGUCAAAGCUGGUAUCCAGUCCACGCUGCAGGUGUUCCUGACAAACUCGGCCAAUGUGUUUCUCCUGGAGCCCUGCCACGAUGUUCCCAGGCUGGUGGAGGAUCAGGUGGAGGUGUGUAAGGCCGUCCUCAACAUCUACAGGCGUAUGAUCAUGGAGCACAGCAUGAACCGGAGGACCUGGGAGCAGAUGCUGCAGGUCCUGCUCAGGAUAACGGAGGCGGUGAUGAAGCAACCGACGGAGAGCCAGAAGAAGGACGCCUUUGCCGAGAGCUUGGCGGCGAUCCUCUUCCGAACGAUCAUCGUGGCAUGGGUGCGGGCCAACCUGAGCGUGUUCAUCUCCCGGGAGCUGUGGGACGAGCUGCUGGCGGUGCUGUCCUCGCUCACGGACCGCGAGGAGUUGGUGGCCGAGUGGGGCAACAUCAUGGACUCGCUGACAGCCGUGCUGGCCCGCACCGUCUACGGCCUGGACAUGAGCAACCUGCCGCUGGACCGGCUCAGUGAGCAGAAGGAGAAGAAGCAGAGGUGGCGAGGAGUCACAGGGGUAUCACAGGAUUCCCAGAAGUCCGCCGCCGCUGGCCGCUCCUUCUCGCUGAGCUGGAAGAAUCAGGGGGGCGCAGGGGUGCAGGAGCCCAUGAGGUCCCGCAGCGCCACCACCUCCGGGGCUCCGGGGGUGGAAAAGGCUCGCAACAGCGUCCGGCAGAAGGCCACAGCUAAGCGAAGCCAGUCUAUCAGCAACUGUGUCCAUCUUUACGAGGCUUUGCCUACUGCUAAAAGCGUGCCUGUUCUUCACACUGUGAGCUCUCUCUUGCCUGGUAUCUCUUCCACCUCUUGCUCUCACAAACUCUCAGAUGUGGAGGAGGGCCAGCUGCCAGAGAGUGGGGGGGAUGGGGAGUCUGGUGAUGGGGAGAGCCCACUGCCCCGAAGCAGCAGUACCUCUGACAUCACGCAGUCGACAGGGGAUGGCUUUCAUGUCACGCAAUGUCAGAAGAAGGAGUACUCUCCGACUGCCGGGAGCGGGGACUGCCAGGCGGCGGCGUGUGAUGGCGGGCUCACCGGGAGGAAGGGCAACGAGCUGCCGACGAUCUUCAUCAGGCGGAGCAGCAGCCCCGCGGAGCUGGAAUGCGCAGGAGACGGGUCUAUGGGGGGAGGACGGGCUAAACUCCGAGAGAAAAGCGAAAGCGUCAGCAGCGAAACUUCCAACGGUUACCUGAACGACGCCGACGUCUGCCUGUCGUGGCAGACUUUUGAGGAGGAGUCGGAGCCCCCGUCGCCCCACGACGUGGGCAUCGAUCCCGACCCGCAGAGGAGCCUCACUGAGGCGCUGGCAGGUCCUGAGUGUGCCUUCCCUCCCCAGCCCGCUUCCCUGCCCCGCCCCCAGCACAGCCCCCCCCUCCUGGAAGACACCAUGCACCAGUCUGUGUUGCACAUGGAGGAUCUGGACAGCAGCGAGUGCCUGACCGACGACAUCAGCAUCAUCGCCGGGGGCAGCCUCACCGGCUGGCACGCUGACUCUGCCGCCGUGCUCUGGAGGAGGAUUCUGGGAAUCCUGGGCGACGUCAACAGCAUCCGUAACCCUCAAAUACACGCCAAGGUGUUCCUGUAUCUGCACGAGCUCUGGCACAAACUGGCAAAGAUCCGGGAUAACCUGGGCAUCAGCGUGGACAAUCAGUCCUCGCCGCCGCGGCCGCCCCUCAUCCCGCCCCUCAGGAUGUUCGCCUCUUGGCUGUUCAAGGCCACCACCCUGCCAGCUGAGUACAAGGCCGGCAAGCUGCAGGCGUACAAGCUAAUCUGCGAGAUGAUGACCAAGCACCAGGACGUCCUGCCUAACAGCGACUUCCUGGUGCACUUCUACAACGUCAUGCACCAGGGCUUCAACAGCGAGGAUCAGGACGUCCUGUACACGCUGAUGCGCCACUGCUCCCCUCGCUUCUUCUCCCUGGGGCUUCCCGGCUUCACCCUGCUGGUGGGAGACUUCAUCACAGCCGCCGCCAGGGUCCUCCACUCAGACUCGAUGGAGCUACUCAUCUACCACUGGAGGCAGCUGCAGCAGUACGAGCACUCCCUCCCCAAGAGAAUCACCGAGAUUUUCGUGGCCACGAUAGCGUUCCUUUUGCCGAGCGCGGAGCACUCAACGGUGGAGGCUGAUAAAAAGCUAAUGGUGUCCCUGCUCCUCUGCCUGUUGGACUGGUGCAUGGCCCUCCCCCUGAGCACGCUGCUGGAACCCAUUACCAUGCCGCUCCUGGAUGACCCAUCCUCGCAGAGCACGCCGCUGCUCGACUACAUCUACAGGGUGCUGCACUGCUGUGUCUCUGGCUCCCACCUGUACCCCCAGCAGAGCCACUACCUCCUCAGUCUAGCGGACCUCUCAUACACUGACUACGACCCCUUCCUGUCCCUGGGCGCCGUGCGCAGCUCUGAGCCGCCGGUCCCGCACGCUGCCUCUGACUUCGGCAACCUGCUCACCGUGGCCGAGGAGAAGAAGAGGCGGAACAUGGAGCUGAUCCCUCUGACCGCCCGCAUGGUGAUGACGCACCUCGUGAACCACCUGGGUCACCAUCCGCUGAGCGGAGGCCCCGCCCUCUUGCACAGUCUGGUGAGCGAGAACCACGACAACCCGUACGUGGAGUCGUCGGAGCUGUCCUCGGAGGUCUUCAAGAGCCCCAACCUGCAGCUCUUCGUCUUCAACGACAGCGCCCUGGUCUCGUACCUGCAGCUCCCGCCUGUGGAGCCUACGGGAGCACCCGGGGUGCGGGUCAUCGUACGGGACAUUUCGGGCAAGUACUCAUGGGACGGCCAGGUUCUCCACAGGCCCCUGGACGGGCCGGCGGCGUCUGAGACGCUGCUGCCCCCGCUUGAGCAGCGGGGCCCCCUAGUGGUCGGCGAUGCAGAGGAUGGGGAGGAUGUCCUGGACGAGUUGCUGGAGAGUCUGGGCCAAAGCAGCCCUGAGUGCCUGCCCCAACCACGCCUCGGGCUGAACCAACCAGGCCCCUCCCCCUACGGCAUGACUGCCACGCAGGAAGGCGCCAUCUUGGAGGCCAUCUACCGCCAGACUGAGCAGGAGGAGGAUCACGUACGGCGGUGCAGCGACAGCGAGGGUGCCAGCGCCCCCUGUCAGACGGAGCCCUCGCACCAGGAGCCCAAGGCCCCGUUUUAUUUCUGCAGGCUGCUGCUCAACGACCUGGGCAUGAACUCCUGGGACCGCAGAAAGAGCUUUCAUAUUUUGAAGAAGAACUCAAAGCUCUUACGGGAACUGAAGAAUCUGGAUUCCAGGCAGUGCCGGGAGACGCACAAGAUCGCCGUGUUGUACAUCGCUGACGGCCAGGAGGACAAGUGCUCCAUCCUGUCCAACACGGAGGGCAGCCAGGCCUAUGAGGACUUUGUGUCCGGCCUGGGCUGGGAGGUGGAACUGGCCACGCACUGCGGCUUCAUCGGAGGCCUGCAGCGGAACGGGAGCACAGGCCUCACGGCGCCGUACUUCGCCACCUCCACCGCCGAGGUCAUCUUCCACGUCUCCACGCGCAUGUUAUCAUGCCGUGCCCUGCAUGACUCGAGCGACUCCCUCACCAAGAAGCUGCGUCACCUGGGCAACGAUGAGGUGCACAUCGUCUGGUCGGAGCACACCAGGGACUACCGCCGGGGCAUCAUCCCCACCGACUUCGGGGACGUGCUGAUCAUCGUGUAUCCCAUGAAGAACCACAUGUUCUUCAUCCAGAUCAAUAAGAAGCCACAGGUCCCUUUCUUCGGUCCCCUGUUCGACGGCGCCAUCGUCACCGGGCCCCUUCUGCCCUCCCUAGUCCGUGCCACCUGCAUCAACGCCAGCCGAGCUGUCAAAUCCCGCCUGCCGCUCUAUCAAAGCUUCUACGAAGAGCGCGCUCUUUACCUGGAAGCCAUCGUGCAGAACCACAGAGAGGUCAUGACCUUUGAGGAGUUUGCCUCUCAGGUCUUCUCCCCCUCCCCAAGCUACUACCCCCUCAGCGGGACAGGGUCCCUCAGUGGUAGCACCAGUGCCGAGCUCAGCGUUGCCGUAGGAACGGACUGCACGGACCAGGUCUCCCCGACCAUGCCACGUGCUGCAAAGAACAGAGUUUCCGGAAAACUCCGCCGCUCCGCCAGCGCCAUAAGCAAAUCGUCCAACUGAGUGUCUCCUUCGGAAACUGCUCGCCCGUUUUCCUUUGCGGCCACUUCUGUUUGACCCUCUCACCACCACGGCCGCAGUGUUCGCACUCGUUUGCCGUUUCGCAAACGUCGACAAACGAUUCCCACACUUAACUUAUAUUUUAAACUUUAUAAUGCAUUUCCAUGUGUCUUUAUGUCUUAAUUUGGUAACUGUGCAGCUGUGAGACUUUUUGAUUUUUCAUUUGGUAAAGUCUGGAAUGCACAAGUUCAGUCCCAUUAACACGGAAAACACAAGAACCUCAACAGUACAAGCGUGACGUUACUGAAGGUAGUGAGACUAUGAAGGCCUGUAAUAAUUACAGCUUAGUUUGAUAUCCAUAAUUGUAAAAAUGGUGACAGUGGGACUUGAAGUCAUUCCCAUUGUGCAGCUGCUAGCGCAGGUCGCUAACGGGCGGCCCG